CGGGCAGCGGCGGCGGCCACAGAGACUAGAGAAUGUGACAGCCGCCCGGGAGGGGCCCAGUCGCGGACUACAGGCUGCCCACGUGCGGGAAUCGCUCAGGGGCCUGAGCGUCGGGCAGCGGGGGCGCGCUUCGAGUCACCCCCUAUCUUCGUUUCCCUAGCUCGUCCGAGGCUGGCUUGGGGAUGCCUGGCCGCACGACUCCCUCCUUGGACAAGGCGUGGGAUAGGGGCGGCUGGAGAGUCCCCGCGUGAGCAGAGGGUGCCUGAGGCAGGGGCCAAGAAACAAAGUUCCCGGGGCUGCCUCCGGGGCCGCUGUCUGGGCUGCCUGUUGGGCCGCCCGCCUCCUCGCGAAGGCCAUGGCUUCCAAACUCCUGCGCGCGGUCAUCCUAGGGCCGCCUGGCUCGGGCAAGGGCACCGUGUGCCAGAGGAUCGCCCAGAACUUUGGCCUCCAGCAUCUCUCCAGUGGCCACUUAUUGCGGGAGAACCUCAAAGCCAACACGGAAGUUGGUGACGUGGCAAGGCAGUACCUGGAGAAAGGUCUUUUGGUUCCAGACCAUGUGAUCACACGCCUAAUGAUGUCAGAGCUGGAGCUCAGGAGCAGCCAACACUGGCUACUGGAUGGUUUUCCAAGGACAUUAGUACAGGCUGAAGCCCUCGACAAAAUCUGUGACCUGGAUCUAGUGAUCAGUUUGAACAUUCCAUUUGAAACACUUAAAGAUCGUCUCAGUCGACGUUGGAUUCACCCUCCUAGUGGAAGGGUCUAUAACUUGGACUUCAACCCACCUCAUGUGCAUGGAAUUGAUGACAUCACUGGUGAACCACUAGUCCAGCAGGAGGACGAUAAGCCUGAAGCGGUUGCUGCCAGGCUAAGACGGUACAAAGAUGCAGCCAAACCAGUCAUCGAACUAUACAAGAGCCGAGGGGUGCUCCACCAAUUUUCUGGGACGGAGACUAACAAAAUCUGGCCUUAUGUUUACACACUGUUCUCCAAUAAGAUCACACCUAUUGAGUCCAAAGAAGCAUACUGAGCCUGCCCAGUGGAAGAGCCAGGAAGAUUUGGUCAUUCAUUCAAUCGUGUGUGUAGCAUUGAUGCUUUGUCCAAAUUAGAAGUCAGCUGAGAUAGCUUACAGCAUCUUUUCUGUUUAAAUGGCGAACUGAUAGAAAAACUAGUGAGUAGAAAGAGCUCAUGAAGAGGCCCUCCUGUCUUUCAAAAGAAGGCGACUCGACUUGUCAAGCCCUUCACAAGCAAGCAAGUACAGGCUGGAUUUCAGGUGUCUAUC